UGACGUUGUCGUCCGCGAACCUAAACAGGAAGUGAUGCCACAGCGUGACUAGACGAGACGAUACACAUGUUGCGCGAGAGAGUAGAUUAGAUAUCUCAGCUAAGCAACGAAAACACUCAAAGCAGUUUCAGCAUCAUGGCACCUACAGAUUUAAAAAAUUUGGUCAGAAGAUUUUAUGUUCUUCAAGCUGAGCGUGUGGAGGCAUACAAACUAUUUGAGGAGGGUCAUGAGGCGUAUUUAAGGACGGGGCCCCACUAUGACUUCGAGCACUACAAACAGCUGGUACAUGAGAUAACCAAAGCAUUCUGUGGCAUUUCCAAAGAAGUUCUGAAGAUUAAAGAGCAACUGCACCAAGACUUCGACCGGCCGGACCUUUCAGAGCACAUUGAGAAACUGCAGAUUAAAGAGAAAGAAAAGCUAGAGCUGACAGCUAAGUUACAGUUGGCCAAGCAGAAUGCCCAAGAUCACCCAGAAGAUGAGGAUUUCCAGGAGAAAGUCCAUGAGAUCAAACAGGAUACAAUAAAGAAUACGGCCGCUUUGAGUGAGAUUCUGCAAGACUUCAAGUAUGACUCGGAGGAGCCGGAGUGAGAUGUAGUCCGUCUCAGGAGACAGAGAUGGAUUCAGAUCCUCUAUGAACUUUCC